GUCUCCGGCUAUAUCCGCCGCUCGGUCCCGUCAGUCUGUGCUGCUCCCGGCCGCCGUGUCUUCUGUCCCCGCCAGGAACCAUGAACCGCUCCGGGGGGAAGGAGGAGGAGACCCUCAUAGAGAUGUCCGGGGCCGGUGAAGACCUCAAUGGGCCUCUGUACGAAAUCAACUCCAAUGCAGAUUCAGAGAUUCCUAGUAACUCGGAGGGCCUCAGCAGCACAGAGAGUACCUUCCUCAUCACCAGUCCUCAGAGGAAAUGGCACAAGCACGGCCUGUUCUUCGAGCGUCGACUACGGAUAGAUAAGCAUCAUCAGAGUAAAGAUUCUGUCUUCUUCCGUGAUGGCGUCCGGAGAAUCGACUUUGUUAUUUCUUAUGUUGAUGAGCCGAACAAAGAAGUAGACCGGCGAAAAGCUGAGAGAAGAAGAGAAUUUGAAUUGAACUUGCAGAAAGCGGGUCUGGAGCUAGAAACCGAAGACAAGAAGGAGUCGGAGAAUGGAAAAAAUUAUUUUGUCAAGAUCCAUGCGCCCUGGGAGGUCCUCUCCACCUACGCCGAGGUGCUGAAUAUCAAGAUGCCCUUAAAGGAGAAUGAUAUGGUCGUGACGACGGAAAACCCUCUAAACUGGUUUCUGAAAUUCUUCAAACUUCCGUAUGACGUCAUGAACCCAGAACCAGAUUAUUUCACGGCUCCUUUCAGCAAGCAGAGGCAGGAGCUGUUCUACAUCCGCGACCAGAACACAUUCUUCACACCGGCCACCAGGAACAGGAUAGUCUAUUACAUCCUCUCUCGUUGCCCCUACGGAAUUGGGGAGGAGAAGAGAAAGUUUGGUAUUAAGAGGCUGUUAAGCAAUGGGACGUACACAGCCGCCUUCCCUCUCCAUGACUGUCAGUACUGGAAGAAGUCCCAGGAUGUGAACUGUGAGAGCGAGCGGUAUACAUUGCAUAAACACUGGGCCAGAUUUGGAAAGUUUUACAAGGAACAGCCGCACGAUCUGAUCAGAAAGUACUACGGGGAGAAGAUUGGAAUCUACUUUGCUUGGCUCGGCUUCUAUACAGAAAUGUUAUCUUAUGCUGCUAUUGUUGGGUUGUUAUGCUUCCUGUACGGAUGGAUAACAAUGGAUGACAGCAUCAGUAGUAAAGAGAUCUGUGAUAAGGACAUUGGGGGACAAAUCUUCAUGUGUCCGCUGUGUGACCAGACCUGUGAAUUCUGGAGGUUAAACGCCACAUGUGAACCUUCUCAGUAUUCACACUUGUUUGACAACGUGGCCACCCUCUUCUUUGCCAUCUUCAUGGGAAUAUGGGUGACAUUAUUCCUGGAGUUCUGGAAGCGGCGGCAGGCGCGGCUGGAGUACGAGUGGGACUUGGUUGACUUUGAGGAAGAACAACAGCAACUUCAGCUGAGACCAGAAUAUGAGGCCAAAUGCACCCAAAAAAGGAAAAACCCGGUGACGCAGGAAAUAGAACUGGUGCUAAAGCGAAGUCCUGCAGGCAUCCUGGGGAAAGUGUUCUUGUGCUGGAUGUCCAUUGUGUUCUGGAUCGCUUUAAUCAUAGCCAGCAUGAUCGCGGUUAUUGUCUAUCGGUUGGCGGUCUAUGCCGCAUUCGCCAGUGUUAUGGAGAACAACCACGCGCUGGAGCCCAUCAGUGGGCUGCUAACACCACAACUGGCCACCUCGGUGACUGCUUCCUGCCUGAACUUCAUCAUGAUCAUGAUCUUGAACUUCUUGUAUGAACGUGUGGCUAUCUGGAUCACCGACAUGGAAAUUCCCAGAACUCACCUGGAGUACGAGAACCGGCUCACUAUGAAAAUGUUCCUCUUCCAGUUCGUCAACUACUACUCCUCAUGCUUCUAUGUGGCUUUCUUCAAGGGGAAGUUUGUUGGCUAUCCCGGCGAGUACACCUAUAUGUUCAACCGUUGGCGUAAUGAGGAGUGUGACCCGGCUGGCUGUCUGAUCGAGCUCACAACACAACUUACUAUAGUUAUGGCUGGGAAGCAAAUCUGGGGAAAUAUACAGGAGGCCUUCGUUCCGUGGAUAUUGAACUGGUGGAGAAGUAGAAAAGCCAGAAAUAGCCCAGAGACUCUGUACAGCAGAUGGGAACAGGACUUUGAUCUACAGGUCUUUGGAAGUCUGGGACUCUUCUACGAAUAUCUUGAAAUGGUGGUCCAGUUUGGGUUCAUUACCUUAUUUGUGGCCUCCUUUCCUUUGGCUCCGCUCCUCGCUCUCCUGAACAACAUCCUGGAGAUUCGUGUCGACUCUUGGAAAUUAACUACGCAGUUCAGGCGACCGUUUGCAGCGAAGGCUCACAGCAUUGGGGUGUGGCAGGAAAUCCUGAAUGGAGUUGCCAUCUUAUCCGUCGUUACGAAUGCAUUUAUCGUGGCGUUCACCUCCGACAUGAUCCCCCGCCUGGUCUACUAUUAUGCCUACUCUGACGACAACGAUUCUUCCAUGUUAGGAUAUAUUAGCAGCAGCCUCUCGGUGUUUGACGUUUCUGAUUUUCAGAAUUUCAGCAUGCCACAGAAUAACGAAAUGAAUGUCACGUUGUGCAGGUACAGAGAUUAUCGUUACCCUCCAGACCACGAGAGGAGAUAUCUACACACCAUGCAGUACUGGCACAUACUGGCAGCAAAAAUGGCCUUUAUCAUCAUUAUGGAGCACGUCGUGUUUGUCGUCAAAUUCUUCGUGGCCUGGCUGAUCCCAGACGUCCCAUCCGAGGUGAAGGCCAGAAUCAAACGUGAGAAGUACCUCACGCAGCAGAUUCUUCACGAAUACGAGCUGUGCAAGUUACGGCAGAAGCUGAACGAGAAGAAUCACUGCUCCGAGGUGGCCAAAGAAGUUGUAGCCACAGAAGGGAAGGCCCAGCUGUCUGCCGCCAUGUAGCGGCUCCUCUACUGCACCCUAGGACACCAUGCGUGCAAAAGCCAUAUUAUAAAGCCACACUCUGUGCGUGUUGGAGCAGUGGGCGGGAUGGAGCAGGGUCUCUGCCAUGGCUGCUUCCAGUUCUGGGGCUGUGGAUGAAUAUAGGGAGCACGGCCCUGCUGUCAUCAUCUUAACCUACAUGGGACAAUUUUUUAUUUUUUUUUCAGUUUUAAAUUGAGGCAUGUCUGCAACCUUUUUUUUUUUUUAUGACAAAUUUUCUGUCACUUUAUGUCCCACUCCGCGCCAGCACCUUGAUUUGCACUUUUUUUUAGUAGGCGCCGUCGGAGGUUGUGUCGUCUAAAAUCCACAGAGAUACUUUUGUUUUGCCUGAUAUUCAGAAGCCAUUUAAGGAGAGUGCUGUUUUUAUUUUUUAUUUUUGCCAUAGACUUUUACUGUGCUGUGUACAUUUUAAUAUUAAAGGGACACGAUCAGCAAAUGUUUUUUUUUUUAGCUCAGUUAAGAGCAAAGUAUUACUAGAACAGAGUACAUUUUUUUAAACUUUUUUUUUAUUUUUUAAACCUUUUUUUCCUUCUUGCAAAAAUCUGCCCUAUUGUUAUUGUGAGCAGUGCUUCUCUAGCCUCAGGCAGCACAAUACACCUUUUAAGUUUCACCGACCGCACUAAUGAUGAAAGGUGAACAUUCAGCGUCUCUGUACCCUGUAAACACAGUGCCUCCCCCAAGUUUGUUGUGCUGCCAUCUAGUGGCCAAUGGAGAAAUUGCAAUCUUUAAUAAUUUAUUUUUAAACUGAUCAAAAUGUUUGCAACAUUUUAUUUGGGAAACUGUCACUUUCAUGAUAGUGUUUCUUAAUAUUCUCUGCAAUUUAUUGUAUUGGAAUAGUCCCUACUGUUUUGUUUUAUUUGUUAUUUUUUAUGCAAUUUCUCUUACAAACUCUAGGUGCCAGUACAAAAAAAAAUAAAAAAUCGGCAUGGCUUCUAUUCACUAUCUACGUGGAAGCCCAAAGGGACAGUACCAGUUUAGAAAGGCAUAACUGCUUUCUUCCAGAAUGAAGGUCGCGUCUGUCAACUGUUUGUUUCUGGUAUUGCAGCUCAGCCUUGCUCCAUCAAAGUGAAUGGCGCUGAGCUGCAAUACCACCCCCAACCUGUGGACACAUAUUUAUAUUUUUUUUGUUUUUUAUGUCCCCUCUUUAAAGGAACACUCCAGAAUAAAAUGAUAUGCUUUGUCAUGCCUAAUACAAAAUCUGAUGGGGCGGGGCAUGACACAGAGACUCAAAGAAUGCUCACCCCCUCAGGUCUUUCACUACGGAGAACAUAUCAGUUGUGUCUGAAUGUGGGUCAUUGAUAUGAUUUUAUGUGGUUCCAGUCAUAUUUUUAUUUUUUGUUGGUUUAUUGGUCUACUAAAUCUGGUCCGGGUUUCCACAUGAUUAAUGGCGAUUUAAACCACAAUGUAACACGUGGCGUAUUGACUUUAUAUCCGAUGCAGCCGUCUGUCUAUAGAUUGCAGCUUCCUCAGUGGUUUCCAUGCAGGAUCUCGCUGUUGCCUCACCCACACCUACCUCUCAGGAGUGCUUUAUGACUAUUAUGAAGAAAUUUGCAGCACUGACGACUCACACGAUGCGGUUCUGUUAUUGCUAUUUAAUUUAAAAAAAUAUUUUUUUUUUUUUUUUAAGAAACGUGAUAGGUUUUGAUGUUUUGGGGAGAUUUAUGCCAACACCUUUAUGUGUUAUGUGCCUUGUUUCCGACCUGUAAGUAAAUGCAAGUGUUGACCCCAGUUAUUUUUAAAUGGUGCACCAAAGCAAAUGGGCACACUUGUCUCCUGUCUGUAAUCGGCACAGCAAAGCAGGAAGGAGUGCAACAUCAGAGCAUGAUCCAAUGCUUGGAGAUGGCAAUUACGGCAGCACCAUCUAACCAAACUAAGUAGGAAAAGGCUACACAAAAAUGGCUGCCGCCACUGUGUAGUUGUCUGAUGGGGCAGAUCAGCGCAGGGUUUGGUUUUGGUCGUGUGUCCUCUAUUUACUCCCCUCUACGGAGAGGUUCUCCAUUCUGGCUGGUUCCAGGAAGGACCCCCCAACCAUCUCUUACCUCCAUGUACUCGAGUAGGACAUUCAGUAUUUUCUCCGUUUAUUCACGUCACACACUUGAACGCUUUUCAAUAAACGUGCAUGUUUUUAGCGCCCUUGUGUGGCGGCUAUGGGUAUUGCAGCAUGUUCCUGUUUAUUCAUGGCGCUUGUACACAAUGACCAUUGUUGUAUUUUGUCGCAGAUCUUCAUGUACAAAUCCUAAAAGUGCCUUUUUGAGGGGCGUUCCUUGGAUAGUGCAUUGCAUGUGUGUAUUGGCCCGUCAGCCUGCAACCUCCUUAAAUGACUGUAGAUGUAUUUUAAGCUGAAAGGCAUAUCUAGUCUUAUCAAAGGGUUCAUCUAUUGGGUACUGAUUGGAUCCUCAUCUGGUAUCGGGGUACUGGUUUUCCUUGCAGAGAUCCAGUUGAUUUUGAGACACUUACAGCCAGUGUUUCCUGGGAUAAAUAUGCAACUUAGCUCUCUAGUGCCACCUGUAGGUAGCUACCCUGUAAGUCAAUGCCUGACCCUUGAAACAUGACUAAGGAUAUCAGUCAAACCAAAGACUCCCAUGCAGGGUGGCAACCUGUAGGUGGCAGUACAGACAGUUUUCUUCCUUCUGGAGGACUACUAUUUGAAAUUGUGGGGGGAUCCGAGACCCUCGAUGGUCCACUUAGCAGGAGCCACAAUGUGCUCCGUGGUCCCCCUGAAAUAUUCUCCUGGUUUGGCUUAAGACGUCUCUUUCCUGCUGCGGUUACUUUCGUCGUUGAAUCAAUUCUUCAUUUUAUAUAUAU